AGCAAAAAAUAUGACAAAAAAAAAAGAAAGAAAAAAUGCUAAAUAUUAAACUUAUCUGUCGAACAUUUAUCAAUCGUAUAGUGCUACUAACCAUUAAUCAAUUGAUUAUUAUAUUAAAUGUUAAUUUCUUUUCAUAUGUGUCGUUGCAUUCAAAAGUUAUUAAAAUUUAUUAUAAUUCAAUGGUAAAGUAUGCGCAUUCAUAUGUAUGUGUUUGUGUUCAUCAUGAACCGAUUGUUUGAUUUCCGUGUAUGAAGAGUCAUUUAACGAUUACCAGUAGUAGACACCAAUCAAACUGUAAAUUAUUGUCAAUUUCUUCUUUUAUUUAAUAGCAAUGCAUGUACACAGGAAUUUAAAUACAAUUCAUGUACAGUUGUUAGGUGUCUUUAGUUAGAGGAGUUUUGCUUAUUUGCGCGGGACUCAAUUAAAAGCGAACGGAAAAGUAGGAAAAGAAAAAGCAAGAAAAUCAACCUUAACUCUCUAGACAAUUAUUUACGAGGAUUAGGUGAAAAAAGAAGAAAAAAAAAUAAAAGACGUAACAAAGAUAAAUAUUAAGGUUAGGUCGAAAUUUUAUAUCCUAUCACACACACAGCUAGUUAAGUUGGUGUAAUUACAAAAUUCCUUUCUAUUAAAUAUGGAUUUCUAAAUUCAAAUCUUGUUGAUUCGAAACUUCAGGCAAACGGUCUUUAAACUGUAUUCCUAGAUCCCACAUACAAAGAUGAUUUGUAUCCACAAAAUUGUUUACAUAACUGCGUUACGUUAAGUCAACUUUUCUUGAGUUUGGAAUUUUGGAGCUAAAAUUUGCCGCAAGUGGCCGUAAAAUGAUGCGCUUGCAAGUGGCCGUGAUUUCGCCCAAGAUCUGGCUCAAAAAAAGCCAACAUAUUUAAAAAGCCCAAUGCAUAAAAAAUUAAUUUUAUGAAAAUGGCCUCAAAUUCGUUGUGGUCCUCCUUAUUCCAAACUUCCACUACUUCGAGAAAAAUCGAUAAUUUAAAUAUAAACUCAGCGAUAAUUUAUGUACCACUUUAGUAAGUUUAGCUUCCGGUUAAAUACUAUUUCUUAUUCCAUUAAAGAGAGAGAGAGAGAGAGAGUGAGAGAUGCAGAGAUUCAAGUUGUAAAGAAUUUAAGCCAACGGUUUGAAUCGGUUUCGUUUUCAAGGCAUGUUGUAAGUUUAAUGAACAAAUUAAUAUACCCAGUACCUGAGGAAAGUAUCUUUGAAAACAAUUGAAAAAAGUAGAUAUAUAUAUAUACAUAUAUAUAUAUAUAAUGCUUUAGUUUUGGUCGCAUCAGUACUAAUCUACAAUGCAGACUAUUCCCAAAAGUCUACUGUUAAACUGUGAGACAAAAUGAAUGAAAAGUGGUUACCUUGUUCCUUGCAAAUGCUCCUCAUUUACAUGGAAGCUUCACAAUGCAUACAUUGCUUCAUGUGUGUAUAGUGAAAAAAAAAAAAAAAAAAAAAAUGAACCUAAUCUACCACUCAACCUUUAGCGUGGAUUAUAAUAAUAGAUAAAAACAAUACGUAUUGUCUGCGCCUCAAAUAUACAUAAAUGAUUUUUAUUAGACUAUAUGUGUUCAUAGCAAUAAAGAGAAAGCGAAGAAAUUAGUUGUGCAAACGGUUGUCAAGAGACACGAUGUGUUCUGUAAUUGGGGUAAAUCAGUAACGAAUGUAAAAAACAAUAAAAUGUUUCUUUGAAAGAUAAUUGCGUUAUCGAUAAGUUGUGCGUUGUGUUGUUUUGCAAAUUAAUUAUUAAAAAAAGAGGCAAAAAAAUAAAUAAUAAUAAAAAAACAAAAAAAAAAAAUUGAAUCGUUAAAAAAUAUAGAAUAAAAAAAUAGAGAGUAAUUGAUGCCUUUAGCAAAAACAAGAAAUAUGUCUGACUAUUUUCAUGAAUUGGGACUAACGCCCACUGGCCCAGAAGGUGCUGAUGAUUUUGAUAGAAAUAUAAAAAGGCUUCAAGUACUGGCCAUAAUGAAUGGAAUUGACAUUGAAAUCGAAGUGCCAGAGGCUUCGAAACGUGCUAUUGCCGCCUUACCAACUCAUGAAAUCGGCGACGAAGAUGAUCUCGACGAUUUAGAGUGUGUCGUAUGCAAGCAGCCAGCCGAAAAAGGUGAAAAAUAUAAAAUAUUACCUUGUAAACAUGAAUUCCAUGAAGAAUGUGUAUUAUUAUGGUUGAAAAAGGCGAACUCUUGUCCAAUGUGUCGUUAUGAAUUAGAAACCGAUGACGAGGCAUAUGAAGAAUUACGCCAUUUCCGUCAGGAUGAGGCAAAUCGUCGUGAACGAAAUCGCGACUUAAUGAAUUCUAUGUUUUUGUAAAUUUAUUUUAUACAAUGUUUUUGGUGAAUGGUUUUUAAAAUAAAAUUAAAUCAUUAAAUCGGGUGAAAUUAAUAUUUAACUAAAGCAUUUAUUUAUU